UCGUUUUGACACCACAAUUCUCUUCUCCAUACAAUCCUAAAUUUUUCUUACUUUGCGUCCAAUUCCGCCUGCGCUCGGUCCCUUGAUUCAUCAUCUCGCGUGGCCACCUGACUUCAAACAGCAAUCAGACGGCCCAAGAACACGCCGAUGCUAUCCGCCGAUGAGUCCAAACAGAAAAAUUCCCUGACCACACGCCGUGUGAUUCAUAGGUUGCCGUUAACUGCUUAGUUGACAAGAGACUGUCGUACGCGUUACUUGAUGGCAAUGGUGCAAUAUGGCCUCAAAAUGAAAACAAUGACACAGACUUCCGUCCUUUGACCUUUCAUACAGUUUCUCUUACCCCCAGGUUUCUUUGAUCCCAGACAUACAUCCUGCAUUGCUUUGUUUUCCUUUCCGUGUGGAGUUGAAGUGGUCACAUCAAGCUGGGUUGAGGCCCUUCUUACCAGACAAGCAACUGCUACUAAUACCCGCAUCACGAAAGCAACCAUGCCUGCGCCAGUUCUACUCCGACGCAAACACCUGGACCCCUCUGCGAUUGACCAGACCGCCGAAGACCUAAAGAGAUUGUCCCUGAUCGAGUCAGCGCGACACCAUCUACUCCUGCCUCCAGACGACAUGACUGCCACGAGAAAGUUCUCGUACGCUUCAGUCAAGGAAGAGCAAGGGGACAACUUACCUCAGUCGUUCGAGUCCUCUCUGUCGUCACAAGACCUCGAGGAAAUUGAGUGGAUAGCAUGGCCAUGCAGUCAAUGGUGCAAGACCACAGGAUUGUGCUCAUACCACUUCGAUGGGUCACACGAGGAUUAUGUUCGUACACGACUGGAAGGCUAUGCUCGCAGCAACCCCAGGAAGUUGGAAAAGAUCCUUGAUGAACUGGAGAAGAGAAGAGCUGCACAAAAGUUGUUCAAUCUUCCAUAUGCUAAAGAGAUCACCCGAGUCCACCCUAAGCCGGCCAGCUUCAGCCUGGAUGUCUGGAGGGAGCGAAUCAGAGACACAGUCGGCACAAAAGACUACACUCUUGAUGGUAGCAACGAUACCGCUAUCCUCGAUGAGGACGACACUUUUUCACGACCUACAUCUUUGCCAUAUGACAAAAGCACCUCUUACCUGGAGUCCAUGCCCGACGAGAUACUGGAAAUGAUCUUUUCCUACGUCACAGUCGACCACACAGCAGACCCAUAUGCACGACCUCACGUCGAUCUAGCAUCCUGUGCAUUGGUCUCCAAGAAGCUCCACGCUGCUGCCUCGGGAGUUCUGUACCGACAUGUCUCCAUUCCCCAAUCUCGAGCAUUUUCAAAGCUGAUGCGCAGCCUGAACAACGAUCGGCGUCUGGGAGAUAUGGUUCAAUGGCUUGAUUUCUCGCACUAUUCCAACAUGGGAUUUGGCAAGGAUCGAACAACAAGAAACCAAACGCCAUUCCUGAAGCCCGAGACUCUAUUGGCUUGCUUGGAUAUGGUGCCGAACCUUCAGGCUUUCUUGGUUCAUGAACAUGUUGACGACGAGCUGAACAUCAACAUCUUCUCGAAGCUCUUCAGCAUGCCUUUGCUACAGGCCCUGGAUCUCUGCGCCUGUUCGUCUCGACCAUUCACCGAAGCAUUCACUGCUAUAACCAUGCAGCUUUUGGCGACUGAACCGUUGACCAAGCUCAAGCGCAUGUCGCUGCACGAGUGUACGACUCUGCAAGAACCUGUCUUUGAGCGUCUUCUUCCGCGGCUCUCAAAUCUCACUCACCUCGACGUAGCACACACACUCAUCAACGACCAGGCUCUCCUAUCAAUCCCGCCAACCGCAAAGAUCACGCACCUCAAUCUCGAACGCUGCACACACCUCACCGGACCUGCAGUGGUCAAAUUCCUCACUCUCCAUCCCGCCGUCAAGAAUGACAUUGUCUACCUCAACCUUGCAGCUGAUGCUUCCCGACACAGACUCCUCGCGGAAGAAGACGUGACCAAACUUCUGGACUCCUUACCACCCAGUCUGCGUUCCUUGAACAUCAAUGGCGCGCGCAUCAAUUCUUCGCAUGUGCCCGCCCUAACGCGACUCUCCAUGCACGUCGAAGAGCUCGGCCUGCGCGGCGCCAAGCUCAGCUUGGGCACGGAUAUCAAGCAAUUCCUCAGACCCGGCCAUACUAUCCGCUACAUCGACCUGACGGAUAUCAAGUCCGUUACGCAGAUGUCCUUGUCUUACUCGCCCGAAAGUCUGACCGGCACUGACACACUUCCACUAGAGGUCGUUGAGCUCGGCCCGGAUGUUAUGAAAGAAGUCAGGCGACGAAACGCCCACAUCAAGAACCCGGAGUGGGUGGCCAAAGAGCUCGGACGCCGAGGAUGGUUCGUCAGACAACCUAUUGCCGAUGGCGAAAGUGUGGCAGACGACGGCAGUCGUGCAUGGAAAAUGGGCGCGAGAUGGUGGGGCAUGCGCAAGGUCCCCAUGGUCGAGCAGGACGUCGGCGGCAUGUACGGAUAUUUCAUGUUCAAGCGGUCUUGAGCGGCACCAGCGUCCUGUCGAGGACGCCUACGAGUUCCUUUUAUUCUCUCGCGUUGUUGUUGCGGCAUGAAGCGUUACGAUGAGUCUUUGAUGGUCUGAACAAAAGCACGCUAUGAUUACGAUGCAGCGAUGCGAGCUUUCUGACUUGGUGUUAUGGGAAGGAAAACGGGCGAAAUUGGAGGGGUAGCUGUGUUUAUGGACAUUUGCAUUGCGUUGGCGCUGUUUAAUGUUCAAAGUGUCCAGAAAGGGAAUACUGGUCAGAAUGAAAUGGGUCAUGACAAACGAAGCAGACGAUGCCAAUGCCGAUGCCCAUGCUGAUGAUGACCAUGACUCUUCUAUAUACCUAGCAGAUUACGAUGAAUUCAUAUAUUAAUACAUCUAU